AUGAUUGUUCAUUCGUCAUUUUCUGUACUUCUUCUAUGUAUCGUUGUUAUGCAUACAAUAUAUGCGAUUAAUCCAGAAUAUCUUCGACAAAGUUAUCAUGGCCCAGAAUGGUCAUCAUUACUUAAAGCUAUGAAUAAACAAUUAUCUGAUCAGCACUCGAAUCUGGCUUCAUCGGAACAAAACCAAAAUAAUAAUGAUGAUGAUGACGCUGAUGAUGAUCAACCUGUAAAACGUAAUAAAUAUCCAAAUUUCCAUCUUAGUCCAUUAUGGUUGUCACGUCGAACACGUACAAAUCGUUUUUAUGGAAAACCGUUAUGGAUUUCGCGAACAGGAUAA